AUGAUCAAGCAGCCUCUGCGCACCGACCAGCAAAGGAAGGGUAAGCUUGUGAAAGGGCAUGGUAAGGCUGGGGAACAGCCAGAACUCUGUACCCCUAGGAGGGUGGAUCCCACCCCGCGGGGGGCACUGCCCACAGAGCUGCUGAGGAGCUCCAGUGACAGGUCUCUGGUGGUAGAGAAGAGACCGCGCCACAGGGCUGCCCAGGGCAAAGGCAGGGGCAAGGAGAACCUCGUUGUGGCUCUGGAGGCGAUAAAGCCUGCUGAGCCGAAGGCUGGCCCUGCCAAGCCCUCCAGCAUAGGGGACAUUAGCAAGGCCAAAUCCAAACCCUGUCCGUCCGCACAGAAAAAACAACUGUUAGCAGUUGAGAGAAAAGUGAGGGAGAGAUUUGUUGUGGAUUCUAAGGCAAUCCAAAUAAAGGGCGCAGCCAAAGGUCAAAGUGCAGAGGUCAAAAAGACUCUCUUAGAGGUCAACUCUAUAUCUACAAAGGUGAAAAGUCAACAUGUAGCUGUUAGGAGGACACCAGAUAGAAAGAGUGGCAGACAUUCACAAGGCCUUAUGCUAACUGAUGCACUGCCUGUGGACAAGACAACUGAACCAGACCUGGUGUCUGAAGUGCCACAAAAAACGACGAAUGAAAACACAGAAAGAGAAAAGAACAAACCAAAGACUGAACCACCUGAACAGACACCGCUGCGCAGCUUACUGACCGGAGUGUCCUCUCUGGGGUCAGGUGUGGGGCUAGUGACAGCCAGACAGUUUGGUUCUCCCUCAGACAGUGAGUCAGUCCGGAGUCAGAGCAGGGCCCAGAGGUUCAGCAGACAGAGUGCUGAGGAUGCCCAGUCUUCCUGGAGCCAGUCAUCUGCAUCCUCCGAACCAGGAGGCAAGAGAACAGCAGUCCGCAUCAACAUCAUCCCCGCCCAGGGGAGCUCUGAUCAGGGGGUGGAGGAGGAGCAAUGCAGGUCCUACUCUGGUCCCCCAGACAACAGAGAACAGGAGGAGAGGAGAGGGGAGGAGAGUGGAGACGAGACAGGGAGCAGCGACGAUCAGACACCGGCCAAGCAGGAGAGUGAGGGUGAAGAGGAAGAGAGUGAGGGGGUUGGAAUGAGGAGGGCAGAAAGUGGGGGUGGAAAAGGAGUGGCCAAGAGCCGUGAUGAGGUGACAGAUGAGGAAAACAGUGAGGAUGAUGACACGGUGAAGGUAGAGGGGGAGGAUGGAGGGAUCUCUGAAUUAGAGGAGGAGAGCGAGGGAGGAGAUGAGCCAUGUAAGACUGAAACAGAUCAGGGAGACGAAAGUGAGUUAGAGGAUGCAGAGAAAGAAGAGAGUGGACUGGAGGAAGAGGAGGAGGGUGACGGGACAAGUAGCCCAGUGGGAGGAGAGGAGGAGGAGGAAGAAGGGGGCGGAGAGAGCAAGGAGGAGGAAGAGAGUGGGGAAGUAUCGCAUAGUGACACUGAGAGCAAGAGUAAGGAAUCCAAUUAUGAAGAGGAGGAUGAAGAAGAUGGAGAGAAAGAGGAAGAAGGUGAGGAAGAGGAUGAGAGUGUAGGAUCUGUAGAGGAGGAAGAUGAGAAUGAGGCAGGCAGUGGAACAGAGGCAGAGGAGGAAAGAGAGGAAGAGAGUAGUACUGCAGAGGAGAGGGAAGAAGAGGAAGAAGCUGGAGAGGAGGAGGAGGAUGAAGAAGAAGAAGAAGAAGCCGGAGAGGAGGAGGAGAGUGAAGAUGAGGAAGAAGCUGGAGAGGAGGAGGAGGAGAGUGAAGAUGAUGAGGAAGAAGAAGAAGAACCUGGAGAGGAGGAGGAGAGUGAAGGUGAGGAAGAAGCUGGAGAGGAGGAGGAGAGUGAAGAUGAGGAAGAAGAAGAACCUGGAGAGGAGGAGGAGAGUGAAGGUGAGGAAGAAGAAGGAAAAGAGGAGGAGAAAGAAGAAAAUGAAGCCAGAGAGGAGGAGGAGGAGGAGUGUAAACAUGAGGAGGAGGAAGAAGAGUUGGUUGACAAAGAAAAAGCUAAUGAAGGCCAGGAGGAGGAAGAAGAGGUGGUUGACAAAGGAAAAGCUAAUGAAGGCCAGGAGAGUCAUCAGAAUGCUGCGGCCAGAGGUAACGGGUCCAAACAGAGGUCAGGGAAAGGGGAAGAGUUCUGGGACAAUGUUUUACCUCAGUACCUCAAUCUCAAAUGAUAGCCCUAUCUGUUCUGUUCCAAACCAGUGCUGUCUGUCAACUUCUCUCAGGAACACUCUUAAUUGAGCAUUUUAAUGCCUUUUUACAACCCAUACCUUUUUGUAUAACUAGAUUUUUCUCCUACUGUUUUUAUUCACAACUUCCAUUUUGUUUUACUGUAUAUCAACUGCCUUUACAGUCUCACUGUUUUUAUUCACGACUUCCAUUUUGUUUUACUGUAUAUCAACUGCCUUUACAGUCUCACUGUUUUCAUUCACGACUUCCAUUUUGUUUUACUGUAUAUCAACUGCCUUCACAGUCUCACUGUUUUCAUUCACGACUUCCAUUUUGUUUUACUGUAUAUCAACUGCCUUUACAGUCUCACUGUUUUCAUUCACGACUUCCAUUUUGUUUUACUGUAUAUCAACUGCCUUCACAGUCUCACUGUUUUCAUUCACGACUUCCAUUUUGUUUUACUGUAUAUCAACUGCCUUUACAGUCUCACUGUUUUUAUUCACGACUUCCAUUUUGUUUUACUUUAUCAACUGAAUGUCCACAGCCUUGUCUUUCAAUCUCCUUGUAUAGUCCUUUACCAUUUUACAUGGCAGUUAAGAUUUGAUGCUAAAAUGCUUUUAAAAAAUACCCUUUUCAACUUUGUUCUUCUGUAAAGACAAUUUACUAAUAGUAGCUACUAAUUUCCAGGCAUGCCCUCCAACGAUUUUGUACUUUUUCUUUAUCAUGAUUUCUUUGAUAUAAUGAAUAUUACAGAAUAGUUUUAUUUAUGUUUAAAUAAAUAUUUGUUGUUUUAAAACUAUCAAAAUCAGUGUCAAGAACUAGUCCCACCACGUAUGAUAUCAUUUGUGUUGAACACAUUCUCUACACAUGAAUACAUAGUGCUGUUUGCAUUAAACUGUUCCAGUGGCAGGUGGGAUCCCCUUUCUUCCUUUAUCCCUGUCUGUAAUCCCUUAGCUCCCUGUUGUGACUCCACUAUCCAUAUCCAAUGUGAAGCUCUCACCUCUAGUCUUCCUCACAUCUCUUUAGUGCCGACUCUCCCUCGUGUGUGUGUGUGUGUGUGUGUGUGCGCGCGCGCGCGCGCCAGUGUGCACUUUCUCUCCUGUGACUAAGUUGUAUCUGUUACCUAACUUACUAUUGCUUGUUUUAACCAGUCUGCCCCACUCACUCUCAUUCCUUU